CAGGUUGAGAGACAAAAUGUUACCACUCCUGCUACGGAGGCUGCUAGUGCUAUUAGGAGGAAGAACAGGGCACCGUUCAUGUGUCCUGUGGAAGGGUGUGGAAGUACAUUUACCAGACAGUUUAAUCUGAAAGGACACCUUCGUUCCCACCGUGAGGAACGACCGUACGUGUGCAAGUGGCCCAAGUGCGGGAAAGGAUUUGCAAGACAACAUGAUUGCAAGAGGCAUGAGGCAUUGCAUCUUAACAUUCGUCCAUUCACGUGUGAAGGAUGCGGAAAGACUUUUGCGAGGAUGGAUGCUCUAAACCGACAUCGUAAGCUGUCACUUUUGAUUCUGUUUGUAGAUCAUUUGACUGACGUGCGCGCGCACGCGCGCUUUUUAUAG